AUGGUGUGGGUGACCGGGGGAGGCAGAGAACCAGGCGUGAAGAGCCGCGGCCCCAUUAGAGAGCGCGGAAUCCGUGGACCCUCGGAAACACACGGUUCAGUCGUCGUGAAAGAGAGCUAUGACAAGCUCCGACACAUCGGCGAAGGCGGCCAGGGCAAGCUCUGGGUCGUCAAGAGGAAAAGCGACAAGAAGGUCUUGGUGCGCAAAGAACAGAAACGCUUCGAAAUGCAGGGUGCCAUACCCUGCGAGAUGUACCUUUUCGAAUCGGUACUGACCCGCCACCCUAGCAUCAUCGGGUUCGAUCACGCUAACUAUGUAGAGGCUAAUGGCUCCAGGGGUUCCUUGGUCUUGUACUUCGAACACUGCCAGGGGGGCGAUCUGAGUGAGUAUACCCCUAGAGGAAGAGAGGGGGGUGUCUCAGAGGAUUUCAUGUGGCACUGCUUCAUCCAGCUUGCGGACGCGAUUGCGUUCCUUCACUAUGGCUACAACCGCUUCGCACGAUAUCCCAGCUCCCCGCCUCGGGAGUGGAAGAGAGUCGUGCACCGGGACAUCAAGCCCCCCAACGUUUUCCUCCGCCGCGAACCCACAAGCCGGAACCCCGUCCCGGAAGUCGUGCUCGGAGAUUUCGGCCUCGCGACAAUGGAGGGAGUGACCUAUGGAGGCGGAACGAAGGAGUGGAUCGGCCCCGAGAUUCCCUUGAUGACGAAAGAGAACGACGUUUGGGGCUUAGGGUCCAUCAUCCAUGCUCUGGCCCACGGUAAAGGCCCGGUUUCGUGGCCCCCUAGGGAUUGGCCCAGAGGGGAGGCCGCGGAGGAUAGGUGGUAUAGAUCUCCCAGGGCGAGGCAGCCGAAACCGCUCCCCAAGGGCUAUUCGAGUACGUUGAAUCGGAAUAUGAUGGAUUGUUUAGUUAAGGAUCCGGCCAAGAGGAUUAACAGUCUGCAACUGGUGAAGAACUUGGUGGCGGAACGGUCAAAGGUGAGGCGCUGA